AUGGAAAAGUGGUCAGUUGAUGAAGUCUGCAUCUGAUUGGUCCAAAAAUCUUAGGGGGACUAUAUACUGGAUCUGAAACAGGCAGUAGGCUUAAUUUAUGGCCAAGCUUUGUCCCAUCAAAGGCAAUCAAUAGGUAAUGAUUCCUCACUUCUUCUCUUAGAGGAAGAAGUGAGCGGAGCUGCUCUCUUGGCACUUAAUGACAAGAUGAUCCAGUAUAUGGUGAAGAAGUUUGGGCACCAGGCAGUGCUAAUGGAUCUGAUUACAAAAUGCAAGCAACAGACCAAAGGAUCAGUGGGAUCCCCCGGUUUGGAGACCCUUCCCCUGCUUCAGGCAAAUGACAGUGCUAGCAAAAGUCCAUAGGUCUUCAAAAAAAAGUGCAGACCCUGAUGGGGAAAUAUGUAUAAUGAACUAUUAAUAGUUAUUUUUACUCUCGGCAGAAAAAAUGUAAUGCAUGUUUUGGCAAGAUACAUAUUGCAAUGGACAAAUUCAUAUAUUUUGCCUGGGUGUCCUUAUGAUGUCAAAUGCAUAUUAGCAGAAAGAAAAUGCCCUGACCACAGUAUGAGAAUAAAGAUAAUAGAAUUCUUGCAGGCUGACAUGACAAAGUACCUUGAAGGAUCACUAUAAGUAAGGUAUCCAACCACUCAGCAGUAUAAUGAUGUUGCCAGUGCAUUGCUGCAAACUUACCCAUUUCUCAAUGAAGAUGGGGGUGGCUUUUUUCUAUGGAAACAAGCCCUUAAAGACCGUUUCAAGUAUGUGUGGAGACCAAUAGAGCAGGUAGUGAGAAACAAAUGCAAGUUUGGACACAGACAAGGACAGACCAGGAAAUAUACUAAAAACCAAUACGAAGCAGUACAAGCAGUGCUCACAAAACUUUUUAGAGUGUUUCAGUCUCUAGCACAUCAUGACAUUUAUAAGAAAACAGCUGACAUUUUGGAGAAAUUUUCAGACAGCAUACUGACUUCAUACUUGGUGAAGAAUAAUCCAAUCAUUGUUAUUCUGCAAAAAUGUCUGAAACAGCAUAUAGAAGAUGACUUUCUGAAAUGUUGGUAUAAACACUUGUAUCUUGUGGUUAAAGUAGUAAAUGCGUUUGCUAUUGUUUUAAGAGUGUCAACACCAGUGCUGGAAGUAAAAUACCCGUUUAAUGUAAACAUGUGCAAGUUGUUUGUGGAAAAGGAGGUGGAUGACUGUACAAUUGCUCUGGCUGCUCUGUUGGCUACAUUUCACAUCUUUUUGCAUUCCAUUCUCCGAAAUGCCAUACAAUACACUUACCUUUUUGGAAUUCCUCAUCUUUGA